GCUGUCUGUCUAUCCGAAUCCGAUAUCUCCACGAUAUCCUCGGUCCGCACCUCCGGCCUAAGGGUGGGUCUGUUCUUCGUGCGGGAGGGGUCGCGUAGGAGCGCGGCCGCGGACCUGUGGCCGAAUCGGCGUCGUGAGCAUCGCUUCGAGUCUCGCGCGUACGGGAAGUGGCGUGUGGAGGAAGGGCGGCUCCGCGUGAAAGAUCGUCCGCUCGCGUGGUUCGAGGGACCAACGGAAGGAGGACGUCGACGACGACGUCGUCGGCGACGAUUGAGAGAGCGGACGGAACGCAGCGUUCCCUGCGCGCUCCUUUCUCGACUCCCCGUUCCCGGCUGCAUUUCGUGGAAAAGCGAGAGAAAGAGAGAGAGAGAGAGAGAGAGAGAGAGAGAGAGAAAAGUAUAGGAGAAAGAGAAGGAGAGCGAGCGACAGGGAGACAGACACGCAUCAGCCCCCCCGGCACGUAGGUACGCUCCAGUCGUUCAUGGCUGCGGCUCGGGGUGGGGGAAAACAAGCAAGCCGUCUAACGACGUAAGAUCCCAAAAGCUCUUUAUGCAGGAAUAUGUCAAGUUUAAAAAUUGUGUUGGUAAUGCACUUGCUUGCGCUACCCUUGAGAACGAUGGAUUCUGACCAAAGAAAUCAGCAGGUGCAUCAGCACUGAACAAAAAAAAAAGCAAAAACUAAAUAAUGAAUGCCUGCUGCACUCACGCCGUCGACUCUGUACAAGCAGACUUAAAAGAUUUGUUGAAGUAGUACGUGAGUAGCAGCUACUCACGCCACACUCAGCUGUACAUACAAAAUCUAAAUACAUAUAUAUCGUCGUAUAUAUAUAUGUAUUUAUUUUUACGCACAUGGCAGCCAUGAAGCAUGGCAAGACGAGUCAAGACGACGUAUGUUACGUUGUCGCCAAAUAUGAUUAUGAGGCACAGGGUGCCCAAGAGCUAGAUUUACGUAAGAACGAUCGCUAUCUGUUGCUGGACGAUUCGAAGCAUUGGUGGCGAGUGCAAAGCGCGAGAGGACAGGCAGGCUAUGUACCAAGCAACUAUGUUAAGAAGGAGAAGCCUUCGUUGUUCGACAGUAUUAAGAAGAAGGUCAAAAAGGGCUCUGGCUCGAAGACCCUACCAUCCAGUAACUCGCCGUCCCGGGCGGUCGAAUCCCCCAUCAUGGCGCGACGUUUGCCGGCCGAUCCAAGUGAGGCGAUCGGUACCGCAGUCGUCAAGUACAAUUAUCAGGCGCAGCAGGCAGACGAGCUAUCCCUCGUGAAGGGCACCAGGAUCCUGAUACUCGAGAAGAGCAACGAUGGCUGGUGGCGAGGUCAGAGUGGCACUCAGGCUGGCUGGUUCCCGUCAAAUUACACUCAAGAGGAAGGCGAUGCUGAUGAUACGCUUCAUACAUACGCGAUGGCCGAGAAUGUGCUCGACAUCGUGGUGGCUCUCUAUUCGUUCUCGUCCAACAACGAUCAAGAACUGUCGUUCGAAAAGGGUGAUCGCCUCGAGAUCCUUGACCGUCCACCAGCGGAUCCGGAGUGGUAUAAAGCGAGAAACAGUCAGGGACAGGUCGGACUGGUACCGCGCAAUUAUCUCCAGGAGCUCAGCGAGUACUUGACACAACCGUAUCGCGAGCGUGGCAUGACGAGUAGCGAGAUCAGUCAAGGGGAUUCCCUCGAACGAAGGCCGGAUCCCGGUGAUCGGCCGCAUCUCGUCGGCAAGCCUUGGUACUACGGUAGUAUUACGCGCUCGCAAUGCGACACGCUGCUCAAUCAACACGGCCACGACGGAGAUUUCCUAAUCAGGGAUAGCGAAACCAACAUGGGCGACUAUUCGGUAUCCUUGAAAGCACCGGGACGUAAUAAGCACUUUAGGGUACACGUGGAAGGAGCGUUAUACUGCAUCGGUCAGAGGAAGUUCCACACGUUAGAUCAGCUUGUAGAUCAUUAUCAAAGGGCCCCAAUCUACACUAAUAAACAGGGAGAGAAGCUGUACUUGGUGCGCCCACUACCAAAAGGCAAUGCCAGUAGCAACGGUUGCUAGAUGAAUUCGUGCCAUGAAGAAGGAGAUGUCACAGUCCAUGCGCUUUCAGAUGUAUCGCUAAGAUACACGACGCCUGCCUAGUAAUAUCAAUAUCACACAUCUCGUACGUUUAUACAAUAACAAUUAAUAUAAUUGGUCUACUCAUAUAUUAGUGUUUCUCGAUUGUUUUCACCAUUUAUACAGUGAAAUAUAAUUUAUUACUCUAAGUGAAUCGGUAACUCGUAUUACACUCCUCGGAGCUUCCAGAUUACUCAGCAAACGAACAAAGAAACAUUAAUACGGCAGCUACGUGAACUAAUUGACAACAAGGCUUAUCUUUAUAUUCAUAUUGUAAUUGUAAAACGCGAACCGACUGUUAUUACGAUUAAUAAUAUAUUACAACUGCAUAUAAUAUAGACUGCAAGUGUAAUGAUCAAGUAAUAAUUAAUUAUCAUGCAAUUAUGAACGAUUAAGUGGAUCUC